AUGUUUCAAAUCUCGAUUAUGUAUCAACAAACAUUAUCGGCAAAACGAUUUUUAUUUAUGAAUUUAUUUUUAAAACGUGUAAAAGAUCGAAUUCUGGUAUUUGCCAGUGAUCAACAAUUGGAAUUAUUAUUUGAUAGUGAUUUUAUAUUCAUGGACGGGACGUUUAGCACCGCACCAAACAAUUUUGAUCAAGUUUAUUGGAUACAUGCGCAGAAGUUUGGCCAAGGUAGGUUCUUCUUCUUUAUGCUAUCAUCU